AUGGCGAAUCCACAUGAACCUCAUUUCUUUAAGCCUCUGCUUCCUGGUUUCCAUAGUGGCGUCACAAUAUCACUUGCCUUCUUCUUAAAGCACAUAGAAGGGAAGACGAACCAGAAAACAUGGAAACUAAGAUCGGACGCUUCAGAUCAAACUUGGGAAGUGAUACAAGAAGGCAGAACACUCACCGGAGGUUGGAAAGAUUUCACCACAGCACAUGACCUUCGAAUCGGUGACCUUGUCAUCUUCAAACACGAAGGAGACAUGGUGUUUUAUGUCACUCCUUUUGGUCCUAGCUGUUGUGAGAUUCAGUAUACACAUCCUCACAUCAUCAAGGAAGAAGCCGACGCGGGCGAUGCUGAUGACAAUGAGAUUAGUAAGUUUCAAUCAAAGUUCAUCGUUUUGGUCCUACCUGUUUAUCUUCCUAAGCGAGCUACGAGUUCUACUGCUUUGAACAAACAAUGCCAAAAGAUGAUACUAGUGAACAAAGAGGAAAAUUCAUGGACUGCGAAUGGGAAAACUACUCCAUUGUUGUGUGUAUGUCCGGAAAGUAAAGAGUGUUCUGAACUACUGAGCAAACACUUGAGCAGAAAGCAUGGUGACAUUGCUUCUGGCUCACAGGUGAAUUAG